UCCCUGGGGCAGAGGGUCCUGGACGAGCUGAGGCACUAUUACCACGGCUUCCGCCUGCUCUGGAUCGACACGAAGAUCGCGGCGCGCAUGCUCUGGCGGGUCCUCCACGGCCACAGCCUCACCCGCAGGGAGCGCAGGCAGUUUCUCCGGAUAUGCGCUGACCUCUUUCGCCUGGUCCCCUUCCUGGUCUUUGUGGUGGUGCCGUUCAUGGAGUUCCUGCUCCCUGUCGCCGUGAAGCUCUUCCCCAACAUGUUGCCGUCCACGUUCGAGACCCAGUCCAUCAAGGAGGAGAGGCUGAAGAAGGAGCUGCGGGUCAAGCUGGAGCUGGCCAAGUUCCUCCAGGACACCAUCGAGGAGAUGGCCCUGAAGAACAAGGCAGCCAAGGGGAAUGCCACCAAAGACUUCUCCGUGUUUUUCCAGAAGAUCCGAGAGACCGGUGAGAGACCCAGCAACGAGGAGAUCCUGCGUUUUUCCAAGUUGUUCGAGGACGAGCUGACCCUGGACAACCUGACGCGACCGCAGCUGGUGGCCCUGUGCAAGCUGCUGGAGCUGCAGUCCAUCGGCACCAACAACUUCCUGCGUUUCCAGCUCACCAUGAGGCUGCGCUCCAUCAAGGCCGACGACAAGCUAAUCGCCGAGGAAGGGGUGGACAGCCUGAACGUCAAGGAAUUGCAGUCAGCGUGUCGGGCACGAGGCAUGCGGGCCCUUGGAGUCACAGAGGAUCGUCUGAGGGAGCAGCUGAAGCAGUGGCUGGAGCUGCACCUUCAUCAGGAGAUCCCCACGUCCCUGCUCAUCCUGUCCCGGGCCAUGUACCUCCCCGACACCCUCUCGCCCGCCGACCAGCUCAAGUCCACGCUGCAGACGCUCCCGGAGAUCGUGGCGAAAGAAGCGCAGGUGAAGGCGGCCGAGGUGGAGGGCGAGCAGGUGGACAACAAGGCGAAGCUGGAGGCCACCCUGCAGGAGGAGGCGGCCAUCCGGCAGGAGCACCGGGAGAAGGAGCUGCGCAGACUCUCAGAGGCGGCGGAAGCAGAGCCGGACGUGACGGCGGAGGCCGUCCCUGGGAGGCCUGUGGCCGAGCUGCAGCCAGAAGUGUCUGAGGUGACUCUGCCGUCAGAGGCCCUGAAGGACCCCGCCCCCGUCCUGGAAGGCUCAAAGGAAGAGGAAAUAACGAAAGAGGAAAUCGACAUCAUCAGCAAUGCCUGCUCCAAGCUGAAAGAGCAGAAGUCGUCCCUGACCAAGGAGAAGGAGGAGCUGGAGCUGCUGAAGGAAGAUGUGCAGGACUACAGCGAGGACUUGCAAGAGAUCAAGGAACUUUCAAAGGCGGGCACAGAGGUCUGUGUGGAGGAGUCUAAGGCCAGCAAGAGGCUGACGCGGAGAGUGCAGCAGAUGAUCGGGCAGAUAGACGGCCUGCUGGCACAGCUGGAGGCGGACCAGACGGCCGGCAAGCUGGGCACGGACGCCGCCAGCCCGCCUGCAGGGGAGACUGUCAUCAGCGUCACCGAGCUCAUCAGUGCCAUGAAGCAGAUCAAGCACAUUCCGGAAAACAAGCUCAUCAGCUUGGUCUCGGCACUGGAUGAAAAUAAGGAUGGCAAGGUCAACAUCGAUGACCUCGUCAAGGUCAUCGAGCUGGUGGACAAAGAAGACAUUCACAUCUCCACCAGCCAGGUGGCCGAGAUUGUAGCCAUGCUGGAGAAGGAGGAGAAGGUGGAGGAGAAGGAGAAGGCCAAGGAGAAGGCCGAGAAGGAGGCCGCGGAAGUGAAGAACUAGGGGCCGCCGGCUCGUGUGCGCCUCGGGCCCUUCCCGUGUCUGCCUCCACCCCGCCGCGCCGGCUGCCGCGGUCCUGCUGUGGUAGUGAUGGCUCUGAGGUGAUUCUUAGUGACGCAUCUAGUAUUUUGUCUGGAAUAAAUCAGAAACUUCCAUAAUCAAGUAAUUUUUAAUUUUCAUCAUUCCACGAAGAUCCAUUCAGUCUGGAAUCCCCGAACCCUUGCAGGGAAUCACGUCCGGAUGCACACGGUGGCACGGUGCCGCAGUGGCCCCAGCCGUGGUGGCCGCACAUGGGCUUCGUGGCUCCAGAGGUGGGCCCGGCCAGACUGGGGCAGGGAGGCGCCUCGCCGAGUGCCGCACGCUGGCGGCACCUGUCCCGGGAGGAGAAAGGACCGGCCCCGUGGACCCCCGUGCCCGUGGAGCCUGCGGCGUGCAGAUGGGAAGGAGGCACGCGCGGCCCUCCCCAGCUCUGGACAAGUGUCCGGCAGUCAGUCUGCGGACUCGGAUUCCUGCCCGUCGGCGUUAAAAGCACCGAUUCGUGCCCACUUCCAAGGUCGUCUCUGUAGCGACGGGGAUCGCGUGGCCUCUGGAAAACCACAGUUGUCUGGCAGGAAUGUCGUGCCUUGUGCGAGUCCUCUGUCGUGGUGUGUCAGCUCUUCCUUGCUCUAACCUUUGAUUUUCACCUAGUCCCUCACCAGUUGACUAGUACAGAAUUUGUACACACGACGGUCCGCCUGCCACGUGCGUAACAGCUAACGCGAAUCAUGCCGUGAGAGAUGGUAAUGAAGCCCUUGAAAAUGAA